AUGACUGACGCAACUUGCGGAUGCGCUCCGAUCCGCUAUCUCUCGGCCAAGGAUCGCCAGCGCGAGCUCGAGCGCCAGAAGCUGGGGCUUAUCUCGAAAGAGCGCCAGCGAGAGCUCGAUCUCGCCAAGAAAGGGAAACCUGAGCCCGAUCCGGUGAUUAUGGGGACUCCGGGUUUGGAUCUGAUAACCCUAGGGUUAGUAGACGCUGACAAGAUCCCUAAAUACGAGCUGAAUGUUGAGGAUGGGAGGAGAUUGGCGAAGGAGUACUCUAGGGUUUUGAUGCGGAAGCAUCGGGCGAGGCAGGCUGCGGAGACUACGCUGCUCAGGUUGAAGAAGGAGGCAAUAUCUGCGUUGCCGGAGAAGCUCAGGGAGAAGGCGUUGGUGCCGGAUUUGACGCCUUUUCCGGCGAAUCGGUUUAUGGCGACGCUCACGCCGCCGAUUGAGGGGUACAUUGAUAAGGUGAGGGAAGCGGCGAAGAAGUACUCAGUGAAGGAGAAGCUGAGGUGAAAGGGGGCGGCUUUUCCGGAGCUUUUGAGAUUGAUGAUCAUGAUGCAUUGCGGCAGGAGUACGCGAUUUGAACUACACUACAAUUUUGGCUUGUUCAGUAUCGUCUAUGUGAAACAUGCAGAUUCUUGUUCCAGCAGAAGAAGUAAUUUGAGAUUAAGACAUGUAAUCAAGCGUCCAAUAUUUUUGAUUAAACAGCAUGCUAUAAGCACAAGGACAGCUCGAGUAAAGUUUCCUGAAAGCUUAUCAGAGUAGACUAACUGAUCUUGAAAUGAGUUCAGUUUAUCUUACCCAUCAAAACAUCUUCGGGCCCGUUUGGUAUUUGCUA